GUGGGGGAGAUUUUCCCGUGGACUGCCGUUUUGACGACCUGCGGCGCACCCAGAACACCCCGGAGGUGCUCUGCACGUGGCACAAGAGCAAAUCCGACCAUUAAUCCGAGCACAGAGCAGACCAUCGCUGAAACUGGCCUGGAAACGUCCCCACCGCUGCCGGUGUAAUAAGAAAUAUUUUCGUUGCGGACAUGGAGGCUUUGAGCACCCAGCUGAGAGAUCUAAUACUGAAUACCCGAGUGCCUCUGAUCAUUGACCAGUUCCCGAUCGACUGGGAAUGCUUCAGGGGAUCGCUGCACGACUGGUGCGAACGCUUUGACAAGGAAGCGGCUGGUCCGCCGGCAUUCGAGCUCAUGUCAUUGACGGACUGCAGUACGCCGCAAUGGGAGCGAAAGCGGAUGAGGGUCAACGACAUGAGCAUGCAGCAGUUUCUGCGGGACUACGGCUACUUGGAGGAUGACCAGACACAUUGGGCGGCCUAUCAGUACAAGCGAGCCCAUGAAGUGCCAGCCAGCUGCUUGAAGGGCAUCGACUUUUCUUGCUUUGGGUUUCCGGAACACCAAAACGAUUUUACCUUCUGGCUGGGAUCGGAACAGGCCAAUACACCCUGCCACUACGACACCUUUGGCGUAAACAUUGUGGUGCAGGUGUACGGCAGCAAAUCGUGGCUGCUCUUUCCACCCGAGACGCCGCUGCAAUCAACGCGGGUGCCCUACGAGGAGUCCAGCGUGUACUGUCUGGACAACUUCUAUGCCCCUGCGCAGGAUAAGCUGCCGCGCUUGCUGGAGUAUAGCGAUCAGGCCUACCAGUGCACACUGCAGCCAGGCGAUGUUCUCAUCGUGCCCCGUCACUGGUGGCACUAUGUGGAGGCGACGGCGACAUCGCUCAGUCUCAACUACUGGGUGCCGCUCAAGGACGACAUGGACCUGGCCCUGGACGAGUUUCUGGUCAAGCACAUAGUCGAGAGCUUUGUCAAGGGCGAAAGUGAACAGACGAAGCAGUAUCUACUGAAUCCCAAUCAACUGGAGGACGUAUCCUCGACGCCCAGCGAACUGUUUGCCCAGUUCCAGCAGGCCGUACAGAAUGCCGAGAGCGAGGAGCACAAACGGAAGCUGUGGGAAACCGAUUACUUGACUCAAUCCAAAUUUAGGGAGCUCCUUGCUAGAGUGCGUCUCACCGUUCGGCCCCUGGAGGUGAUGCCCAAGGAGGAAUACAAGCUCUUGCUGGAGUCCAACUCCAAGCGACUGCAAGCUGAGACGAGAACUGCUGCUGCGAGUUCGCCGAUCAGCUCCACAUUAGAACUGCUCAUCAGCAGUAUGUGUGCCCCGCGCACCAUUGCGGGCAUGAAGCGAGAGUUCUUCCGGAGACUGAGACAGGGCGAGGCGUAAUAGCACUAAAAACUUUUAUUGUGAUACGUGAUAAUUUGUUGCAUAUAUGAGAUUAAAAUCCAAGACGCCAUCAA